ACUCGGUGAUGUCGCUUCGUCUUUAACAAGCUUGACCCAGAAGCCGGAGAAGGAGGGGGAACCGAGGGGAGAAAACACACCGAAGCACCGAACACAGUCUGGAAGGCGGCAGGACGGACUCUCCACUAAGCAGUCCAUUCCUCCUCGUUUCUGGGCUUGGUGGUUCGGUGUCGUCCUACACAUGAGCAGCUAGAGCUCAGCCUCUGAUCUCGGCUCGAUCUCUCACCUCUUCUACUCAAACCACACCCACAGGUGAAGUGUGUAUGGAGCAGUGUGAGAGCGCAGCGGCUCUGCUGGAGUCGGUCAGGGAGCAGGAGGUGCAGUUUGAACAGCUGACCCGGGCGCUGGAGGAGGAGAGGAGGAGAGUGGGCCUCUCUGCCACCAGCCCCUCGGCACUGGGUCGCUCCCUCCCUCACACACAGAACGGGCGUUUAGGUGAUGCAGACAUAGAACGACUGAAACUCACUGACGCGUACAUGAACGGAACACAGUACAGAAUGGUGGACCCUGCACACGGCGCUCUAGAUGAGAGCUACACACCGGAAGACGACUUACAGGAAGUGCACUCUGUGUUUUCGGAAGAGGGAACCACAAGACGGAUGGACACAAGUCUCCCUCACAUGAAAAAACCAAUGUCACGCACAGUCCUGCCCUCUGACUCCAUGUCCAUCGAUGGGGGCUUGUCCGUGUCCGGUAUGGGGGGCUACAGUGCCACACUUGACCGUCCUUACAGGCAGCCUGUAGGAGGAGACUACCCUACUGCCACAGUCCCCAGGAACUACCACUACGCACCUGUAGUAAACGCAGGGUACGACGAGUACCGGGCGGGCCCGCCAUCUGAAGCAUACACUAGCCUGAGCAGGGGCUCACACAUGGACGAACGCUACAGGCCUGUCGAUGGCUACAGGACUCUGGAUUCUGGCUACCGGGCUCCAAGCCGUCAGCAGCUUGACCCUUACGCAGCACAGCCCCAGGUGAGCCGGGGAAUGAGGGCCUUGGGCUCAGCAUUGGAGAUGCGUUAUGGCCAAGGCCACUAUGGUAUGGAGGAUGACCAGCGCAGUGUGGGAUAUGAUGACUAUGGUAUGGGGCCUCCAGUCAUGCACCCCGGAGGCUACGGAACCAUGCCGCGUCUGGGCCCGGGGCCGGGCCCUGGGGUUGUGGACCGACGAAGACUCAGGAGCUGCGAGGACACUUUGGAUGGUGACAUGGGAGGAGGUGACCCUUAUGCCUGGGGCGUUGCCAUGACAAUGGACAGAGGCAGCAUGGCUUCACUGGACAGCACCUUGAGAAAGGGUCCUCCUGGCUCAUGGAGACAGCCUGAGCUGCCUGAGGUCAUCGCCAUGCUGAACUACCGCCUGGAUCCUGUCAAGACCAACGCUGCUGCCUUCCUCCAGCAUCUCACAUUCAAAAAUGACAAGGUUAAGACAGAUGUGCGACGCAUGAAAGGUAUCCCAUCCUUGGUAACAAUGCUGGACCACCCCAGCAAGGACGUCCACCACUCGGCCUGUGGAGCACUGAAGAACAUUUCAUACGGGCGAGACCAAGAAAACAAGAUCGCCAUUAAGAACUGUGAUGGAGUGCCCGCGCUGGUCAGGCUACUGAGGAAAACUCGUGACCAGGACCUCACUGACACUAUCACAGGCACCUUGUGGAACCUCUCAUCCCACGACUCUGUGAAGAUGGAGAUUGUAGACCACGCCCUGCACGCCCUAGCUGAUGAGGUGGUCGUUCCACACUCGGGCUGGGAGCGAGCAAGCAACGGUGCAGAGGAAAGCUGCAAACCACGCCAUCUGGAGUGGGAAACCGCCUUGACCAACACUGCUGGCUGCCUUAGGAAUGUGAGUUCAGAACGCAGCGAGGCCCGGCGAAAGCUCAGAGAGUGCACAGGAUUGGUGGAUUCACUCAUGUACGUUGUCCAGUCACAGAUCAACCGCAAAGAUGUGGAUAAUAAGUUGGUGGAGAACAGCGUUUGCCUCCUGAGGAAUCUGUCCUAUCAUGUUCACCGUGAAGUUCCCGGCUGUGAACGUUACACAGAGUCCGCGCCCGUCAAUCAGGGGCCGACCACCACUAAGAAAGGGGGCUGCUUUGGCUCUCGAAAGGGCAAAGAUGAAUGGUUUUCUAAAGGAAAGAAGGAUGGAGAUGAUGGAAGUGGAGAUCAGGUGGAUAUUCCAAAGAGGACAACACCCGCCAAAGGUUACGAGCUGUUGUUCCAACCAGAGGUGGUUCGUGUUUACACGUCGCUGCUCAGAGAGAGCAAGAAUCCCUCGGUGCUGGAGGCUGCUGCCGGUGCCAUCCAGAACCUGUGUGCUGGAAGAUGGACUUACGGUCGAUACAUCCGGGCCACUGUGCGUCUGGAGAAGGGUCUGCCCAUGAUGGCAGAACUGCUGGCUCACGGGAAUGACCGUGUGGUCAGGGCGAUGUCCGGAGCCUUGAGGAACCUCGCCAUCGACAACCGCAACUGUGAACUACUCGGUUUGCAUGCAGUGCCUCACCUUGUGGCCAACCUGCCUGGAGGCCAAAGCCAAUCUGGACGUGUUCUAUCCGAGGAAACUGUGGUUUCUGUACUGAGCACGCUCACUGAGGUGCUAGGCAACAGUCUGGAGGCUUCGAAGACUCUCCGAGCCUCGCAGGGCAUUGAGAGGCUGGUGCUUAUUAACAAGGAUGGCAAGCGUUCCGACCGCGAGGUGCGGGGGGCGGGCCAGGUGCUGCAGCUGGUCUGGGCCCACAAGGAGCUGCGUCGGCCUCUGGAGAAAGAUGGCUGGAAGAAGACGGACUUCAUGGUCAACACCAGCGCCACCAACGGCCCGAGCACCCGAACUAACGGAGCCUAUGAGGACAGCACCACGCCGCUGCUGGACAGAGGGGAAAAGAGGGACAUGAUUCCACUAAACGACCUUGGCCCUGAGGCCUACUCUACACUGGACCAGAGGGAGAGGAGACACACUCUGGAUGACACCACAGACACUUUACCGCGAGGGGUGUAUGGGGGCAGAAAGGGCUCCCUGCCUCUGUUGGACUCCUACGAUGGUUAGCCCUCCCCCCUCCCCUCUACUCCCCUCUGCAUGUAACAGCAUGAAAAACUGAUCGUGUGCAUCACUCAGACUGGGCCGUCCCUGCCCUACCACUGCUACUGAGGAGAGAAGAUCCAAACGCACAGACUCUCUCCCUCUCUCCACCUCCUCCUCUCUUGAUCUCCCUCUUUAUCUCUCUCUGUCUCUCUAUCACCCCGCAGAUGGGAUCAGGAGUUGGGGGUUGGCUUCCAAAGAAAGCGGUUUGUGUUGCAGACAUGCAAGUUUGGCGCAGCACAGAUACAAACCAACUUUUUACAAAUUCAUUCAAGUUGUAGCAUCAAGACUAUAUUCUGUUUUUGAAUUAUAGUUCCUCUGUAAAGGCAAUCACCUUAGUUGACAAUCAUUUAAUUCUGGUGUUGUCAUCCUCCUUUUUUUUUAAAUGUUUUUUCUGUUGUUGACAUGUUGCUGCCAACACCCAUAUCCUGAUGAUGAAUUUGUACGUAGACUUCUAUGUAGGGUAUAUACUGUAUAUAAAAAGAAAAUGGGAUUGACUGCAUUAGUUUUAGCUCAUUAAUUUAAAUCAUCCCUCUACUGGGAUUGGUGGGAGGGUGGGACACGGCGGCAGACCGACGACGUCCCUGUAGAUUGAGAAUGUUUAUAUAGGAGUUAUUUUCCUGUCUAGAGUUAUUUUCUCUCGGUUGGGACGAGCUCAGGCGUAGACAAGAGAAGACAGGUGGGUGUAUAUUUGUCAUACAGUAAACCUGUGGCUGUGUGUGUGUGGGGAAAAAAUUAAUAUGGACCUUUUUGAAUGAAAGUGUGUGUGUGUGAGUGUGUGUGCAUGGACCCGACCCAUACGACCACGUGUUGAUUGUUUCAUCAGCUCGUCGUCUCUUUUUAUCGUGUGCUCCUACUCCUGUGACAAUGCUUCUUUCUUUUUUUUUUUUGUAUGUACCAACUGCCUCCUUUUGUGUUUGAUACUUAAAUUUCCAUAUUUUCUUUUGCUCCCCCUGUGGAAAGAUUGUUUUGACUUUAAGCAGAGACCUGUUAAUGACAUGCGAAGCGCAGAACAUGCACCACUAAACCUCUGAAACUUUGCGACAUCCUGCUUCAGAAACCAUUCCAUGCUAUUUUAUUUAAGGUUAACACUAUGGACACAACAUGAGUCUUCAGAAGGGGUCUCUUGACUAAUAUUUAUCUCUGAUUUGUCCUCGUACUGAUAAAAUACUACUUGCUCUUUCUUUGCGAUGUGUAGUCAUUGAGACGUGGACAUUUUCAUUCCUGUCGUGCCGUAUUUACAUUAACACUUGGGAGGCUUCUUCACUCAGAGGAGACUCGAGUUUUUAACAGACAGAUUUGGGAGAUGUUUCCUUUAAAGUUGGACAAAAAGCACAUUUUUUUGUCUUGGUUCUCUUUUUUUGUUCUUUAAUCUGUCUGGUUUAUAUUUUAUUUCGGGGUUUGUACGUGAGGGAGCGGUGGAUGCAAGAAUUAUGCAAUUAGUUCCACUUUUUAGUCCCAGUUUUACUGCUGACUUGUUUUAAAGGCAAAAGAGACCAAUCAUCUUUGUUUUUUUUUACUCUCCACUCAUAUAGUAUAUUUGUACUGUUGCCUAUCCAUGUAAAACUAUGAUGUACCAUUCAUACCUGCCUUGGCUCUGAGAAGUUGCUUUUUUCAGUAAAGUAUGUAACUGGUUAUACUGUUGUUUUUAUAAAUAAAGAUCUUUUCUUAGACAA